AUGUCGCCGCAAAUCCUGCUCGCGCGGGCGUCGUCGAGCGAGACUUUCGUCCCAUCUCCUUGCAGUCUUCAGAGCGUAGCGCCGACGCGCUGUCGGCGCAGGCGAAUACUGAUCGGCAGCAUUGUCGGGAGUCUGGCGAGUCUUGCAUUGAUCGUUGUUGCCGCACCGGCGGCACCCCUGUCAUUGGUCAAGCGGAGCGCUGCCUUUGCGUCUAUUUACUGGGGCUUCGAGAGCACCCACUCCUCGCUUUCCGGCAUCGACAUUGCUAACCUCAGCUUGUGCACUCUCUUCUACAACGGCACGGAUGCCGAUCAGGCGUACCUCGCUGAUCAGAUCGUGGCCAAUGCGCGUUACGAGGCGGGGCUGCCGCCCCUUGCGCCGGGUGAAGCAAUGGCCCAUGGAGGCAAGUUUUUCACGAUUGUGCAUGAGCGGUUUGUGUGCGGAGGCGACGAGAAGAUGGCGUACCGCAACGUCUGGAAGGGUGGCAACAAUUUUAUCCGCGGCAACAUGCAAGAGGGCAUGGAGAAUUGCACCGCGGCGAGCAAGGGGCUCAGCGUCAACGUGGACAAGGCUUUUGAAUUCUCCUUCGUGCGAGAUCCUUUCUCGCACUUUGUCUCGGGCUAUCGCGAAGCGACGAUGCGCACAUACAAGCAGUGCUGCAACGCCCCUACUCAAGAGGGCGCGCUACCCACACCCCGCGGUGAGUGGCCGCGGCCUAUUCGUGAGUCUCAAGAGCUCGGAUGGCGGUGCCGGUACGACUGCAGCCUGUUCGUCGGCGAGGGCACGAAGUCCCUCGCAAAGGCGGUGAUGAGCGACAUUCUGGACCUGAGUCUGUUUCACGGAUCCCACUGGAACCCGAACUUCGUACACGUCGCGCUCAUGUUCGCCAACAUCUUUGGCGAGAGGAGCUGGCGCAGACCUGAUUUCAUCGGGCGACUGGAGUCCAUCGGCUCGGACUGGGACCGAAUGUGCGCCCUCCACGGCUGCCCGGAACGCCUCGCUACGUACGGCAAGCUGGAUGAGAGCACAGGGCAGCACAAAGAGACGUCGAGCGACCAGUACGGACACGGCGCAGGCCUGCUAGCCUUGUUUGAGGAGGAGCCUCGCCUGAAAAAUGCCAUCCGCAAGCUGCUUCGCCUGGAUAAGGACUGCUUGCGUGAGCACACCGCGCCCGCAAGCGGCACGACGGGAACGCGGCGGCUGCGUGACGCGGGCGACUUCAUCGAGCUGGACUCGUGGCUCGAGCGGUGA